AUGGCCUCAGUGCAGCUCGAGUUCUUUCGAGCUCAAAAAGUGUCGAGAGCUGUGGAUUUGCAGAUUUCGACGCCUCGGUGUGCUUCGCACGGCUGCAAUUCGCUUGAACGAGCGCUAGCUAAUCAGCUUGCAGCUUGCAAAAAGAUGCAAAAAGAUGCAAAAAGAUACGAAGAUCAAAGAGGGUCAAAGAGAACUCAGCUUACUUUGUACGAUACCUUUGCCUUGGAGCAUGGCAAGAUUUUUGAGUUUCUUGACCACGACAAGAAUGGUCUGGGCCUUGAUCAGGGUUUGUCCAGUGACAGAAGUGACAGCUUGGUGUCGUUGGAUGAGUUCCACACGGCGAUUGAAGCUGCUGCACCCGUGAAAUCCCUGGAGGAGUCCCUCAGCCCACUCGCCUUGCGGCUUACUUGCAUGAGCGCACUGCACAUUCUUAUCGCCACGAUUAGAACAGCUGUGCUCUCAUUGCGUGCUCUUGCUGACAGCCUGGAGGCUGCUGUGCGUCAAGCGGAAAGACAACCUCAGGAUCUGGAAAGAGCCUCUUCUCCUCCGGCUUCUGAUUUUGGCUGGGACCGCGUGUCCUCAGCCCCUUCUGCUGAGCCUGAACUUCCAGCCCCAGGCCCUUUGCCUGGUGUCCAAUUCAACAACUACGACGCGAUUGCUGGCAGCCUUACAGGAGCUCCUCCUGCUGCUUUUGAUUUUUGUGGCCGACUUACUGGAUCCGAUCAGUCAGUGCGCCAGAGGAUUCAAAGAGCUUGGGAAGCAGGUUUGUGGGCUCGUGCAACUUUGGAGGGGAAGAUUGAGAAGCCUAGACCAACUCCAGCUCUCAACAUCAAGGCUACGAUCUACGUGGUGCUUCGUGCUCCUGGCCUUCUGCGUCCUGUUGCUGUCACGAGUGCGGCCGAGUACUACCGAGUGCUCCCCAGGUUCUCGCCUGGAUCAGUGUCCCAUUCCUUCCCAUCUCAGGGAGAAGCAAAGACCUACUGCCUGGAACUCAAGAGUGUGAAGACCUUGGACAAAGGGCCAUUGCUCCUCCACAUUUUGCAGCUCCCUCAGUUUCAGUUGGAAGAUCAGGCUGUGGAGCCUUUGGAAGUUUUUGCUGUGCCUAUCUUCACACGAAAGAAUGGCCUGCUUUUGGCGCUUCCGAUGAACUCCAUCCCAGAGGAGAUCAUGCUGUCCGGCGUGGAUCCAACGGGAGACCAACUCUUAGGGCCUUGCACAGUUGUUUCAGUGAGCCUUGCAGCAGAGGAGGAAGACGGUACAGAGGUGACUUUAGACAUGGAGACCGAAGUCAUCCUAGCAGACUUCCAUAUGAGCAUUUUGCCCCGGUUGCGGCAGUUCGAUCCUGUGACCGAAGGACAGGAUGUUCUCAAGUUUUUUGGGGAGGACAUCGAUGUGAUCCCCCUUGCAAGCAGCCUCCUGGAGGCAGCAACUCACUGGGUGGAGGGUGCAGCAGCCGACCGGUUGACCUUUUACUCAGCAGACGAGGGCCCAUCUUUGCCUGCCCCAGCACAUCCUCGAGCAGUUCAGGGCAAGGCAAAGGCGAAAGCCUCAUCAAGGAAGGUGACUACGGCCACUUUGUCAGAGCAGUUAUCGUCCCUGGCGCAGGCUAUCCCUGCUAUAUCAUCCCAGCUGACGGAUAUGCAAAGCAGGCAAGACAAGAUGGAGGCGCUUUUGACGUCACCCGGGCUUGCUGCACGGAGAAUGCCUCAGCGGAUGGAUUUCGAAAAGCCUCCAGCGACUCCAAAGCCUAUGGGCAGCAUGCAGUUUAUGAAUGCGGUGGGGCUGCCUCCCAGGGUCAGAGCCUCUCCUGGGCCGCAGCAGCAUGGUGGCUUUCCGGAGGACGAACCAAAUGUUCCUUUGGAGGAAGAGCCGGAGCUUCAGCCGGACACUGCCGAUCCGAUUGUGCAGAGCCUCUUCAUUCAGCAGAAAGCGUUGACCUCCCUUGUGGCUCACUUGACGCAGGAUGGUCUUGCAGAUCUAGGAGGAUCGGGGGCCUCUUCAAGCUCCCUAUCUUUGAAGGGUUCGGCAAAGCGCGAGAAGCUCAUGGCAGACCUCUCCAGUCGAAAAGGAAGCUUCCUCCUAAAGGUGGCCCAGAAUGCCUAUCGCAGGCUCAAGCCUACGGAAGUGCUGCCCCCAGAUCUUCCCAGCUUUCAAGGGAAGGCAGUGUUCACAAAGUACCUGGAACGCCAAGGAGGAUUUGGAGGUGCUCAACGAGACCUGGGCUUGGUGAUGUGGUUGCUUGCAAACGUCGCCGACCAGAUGGUUGCAGGCGACCAAAAGGGGGCUCAGGAGAUGCUGGCUUUGACCUUGGUUGCGCUGGAGCAAGUUGCCCAGGACGGAGGGAAAUGGGAAGUAGGCUGGCUUCUCUCUCUCCAAGAGGAUCCUCCCUCUGGAGUGUUUGCGGCGAGGCCUCAAACAACAAACCCUCGCCUGCGAGCGUUCGCACCGUUGUGCCCGCCCGAAUGGGCCACCACCGCACUGGCUUUUGUCAAAGAAGCCGACCUGAUCAGCUCAAGGCGACAGGAAGCCCUGCCAGGGAAAAAGCAACCAGGCGGAGGUCAGAAAGACGAGAAGGACGAGUCUUGGAAGAAGAAGAAUCCAAGAUAUGCCAAAAAGCCCAAAGCGGAAGAGGACAAAGCUGAAAUUAAAAGUCAGUGCAGCUCGCACGAUGAGGCCUGUUGCAGUGAUGUGCAAGCAGCAGAGGUAGGAUCUGACAAAGCCUUGUUUCCUCUACCUGUUCCAAAAGAAGGGAUUUUUGUGGAUUGCAGCAAAGGUGGCUCACGUUGCAGACGGAGGUGUCUGGUCAACAUGAGGAAUCUUUUGAAGGCUUGUGGUAACUGCCAGGAGCUUGUUUCAGUGCCUAGCAGCGGCCGCAGAACAACCAGUUUGACCGCCCAGCUCGCUGAUCUCUGCGAGUUUUUGACAUGGCAGGGGGCCCCUGCAGAUCCUUACCGUGGAGGCUUUCAAGGUGCAGACAGCGGCCUGGCUGACAUUUGGAUUCAGCCUGACAAAACAAGAGAUGAGUCUCUGACCCCAUACCGCAGUUUAGAUGCAAGCAGACUGAAACUCUCUGGGUCUGGAGCUUGGGAUCCCACUUCCUUUUUAAGUGAUGCUCUUUGGAUGGCCUACGUGGAACCAGCCUCUUUGAUGUUUCGCUCAGACCCUGGAACCCUUGACGUGCCAGACCUUACAGAGGAAGAUGGAGAUGAGGUGCUUGCGCUUGCGAAAGUGUGGGAUGCUAGAGGCUUGCUCUUCUUGGUGCAUGAUCAGCCAGACAUGACUCCUACCAGCAUGCGUUUCUUCAACUGCUAUAAGGCCCAGCAGGUGGACCGAAUGAUUGGAGAUAGGCGUGCAAGAAAUGCCAUCGAGGGCAUUAUUCCUGGUGCCUCUCGGGCUCUCCCUACGGCAGUUUCCCUGGCUUGUUUGGAGAUUGAUCCUGCGAAGGAGAGGUUUUCGGUUUGCAUUUCUGACAGAAAAGAUUUUUAUCACCAGUUCAAGGUCUCGCCGGAGAGGGCAAAGACCAACGUGUGCUAUCCUCCUCUGCCUCUCAAGGAAUUGGCAGACACUUCAGCAUUUGCCGCUUGGGCUCAGGAUUUUGCACUGAAGAAGCGAAAGAAGUAUGAUCGGCUUUUGCAUGGUGAUUUUUUAGGCAAGGACAGAAAACCUCAGCCAACGUGCGAUGUCUCUCCUGACACGCAAGUCAGGGUCUGUUUUGCAAGCCUUCCCCAGGGAGAUGCCUUAGGCGUUGAGUUUGCAGUGGAUAGCCACAGAGCGUUGAUGGCUUCAAGGGGUUUGCUGCCUGAAAUCAAUGAGCUUCGAUCAGACAGGGUUUUUCGUGGCGACAAAGAUCUUUGCGGGUUGGUGAUCGAUGAUUUUUACACUCUUUCUAUUUUGCCUGCGGAGAGAAGUGCAAAUGAGGCCUCUUGGGCAUGUACAACCAUGCAGUCAGCUCAAAACCUCUACCAGUCUGAAGGCCUACUUGGGUCCAGUGAAAAGGAUGUUUAUGAUGCUGACUUUGCAAAGGUGACAGGUGCUGAAUUGGACUCUUCGGAGUCCACCAGAGCUUUGGGCUUGGCCACUUUGGCAUCACCCUGGAAGAAGCGAAUGUCUCUCUCCUUUUUGUCCUUGAAGCUCGCGGCGCUGAAGUACACUACAGACAGUUUGCAUCUCUGCCUUCUGGGAGGUUGGGUUCAUAGCUUGCUGUACAGAAGGAAGGUUGCACAGGAGUUGACCAUUUUGGCAGUUUUGGCUCCACUGAUGACCACAGACCUUUCAGCAGUUUUGCAAAGUGAAGUAUAUGCCACAGAUGCCUCGGAUGCCAAAGGAGCUAUAGUGAAAACCCAUGUCACUCCUACCCUGGCACGUGCUUUGUGGAGGUCAGGGCGCAAGAAAGGAGGAUAUGUUAGGAUGCUGAGCAGAGAACAAGCUUUGGUGCAGAAGCUGGAUUUUUUGGCGGAACAGUUUCCUGAAGAGCAGGAUCGCGAGGCCACUUUAGGCCCUCAAAAACCUUUGGCUCUUCGCUUUCACUUCAUUGAAGUUUGUGGAGGCAGUGGAAAGGUAUCAGCAUGCGUUGCAGAGCGAGGCUGGGUGGUUGGACCAGUCCUUGACCUUGAUCGGUCUCCCCACUAUGACUUCAAAAGCCUGAGAGUCCUUUCAUGGAUUUUUCACCUCCUGGAAGAAGGGCUCUUAGAUGCUUGCAUGUUGGAGCCUCCCUGCACGACGUUUUCCCCUGCACAGCAUCCGGCCAGCCGAAGCUAUGAGUUGCCCCGAGGCUUCGAUCCCACUGAUGACAAGACUCACCUUGGCACUACGCUGGCUUUAAGGGCCCUUGCAGUUUUGUGGAAAGCAUGUCAAGUUGAAGCUUUAGCUCUCCUGGAGCAGCCCCGAAAAUCCAAAAUGCGUAGGUUGUCAGAAUGGGAGUUUCUUGUUGCGUCAGGCCUUGCACAAGAGUUCAUCACUGCCUCAUGCAUGUUUGGUAGUAUUCACCUGAAGGAGUUUGUCUUUUUGGCUUGUGGCUUGGAAGGUGAAGGUUUGUGCCGGCGCUGUAGCAAAGACCAUGAACAUGUCCAAAUAGCAGGUCAGUGGACCAAGCCUUCCGCGACCUAUGUUGAUGCUCUAGCGCAGGAACUUGCAGAGACUUUUCACAAAGCACUCCUGAGAAAGCUUCGUUUUGAGCACACGUGGAAUGACAAAAAAGGAGAUCAUCCAACACGUGAUAAUGAGAUGCCCGAGCCCCUAAAAUCUGGACUUGACCAAAAUGCCGAGCUCCCCGAGCUUCUGGACUUUGCUCGAGGUGAGUCUCUUCGCAGACCCUACGCAAACUGGGUUCGACUUUUCAGCCUCCUGCGUCCUGGCCCGUAUCCUUGGUUCUCAGUGUCUGAAAGCUGGCGUUUCAUGCACCACAAGCUGCGUCAUUUCCCUUUUCGAUAUUCCCUGCGUCAUGUGUGCCAGGACUUCUCAGUUUUGGACUUCGACUCGACUUUGGGCUUUCCUGGAGAAGGACCUUCUCUGUGCCUUUGGAUUUGGAUUUUCUUUGUCUUUUUGCCUCGGUCUCCGGGUCUGGGUUCCUCUGUCGCUUGGACUUUCCAUGUCUUUUCUGACCCUGUUUUUUCGUUCAGUGGUCCUCUCCGUUUUGGCUCUUUGGACUAUGCCCUGCCUUGGACUAUGCAAGCUUCCUGGAGUUUUGCCUCUCUUCAGCCUGAACUUCCUCCUAGCACUUCGAAGCCUGAACCCUGUCGUUCUGUCCGUCCGAGCCACCAAGGGAUUGUCUUGUCUGGAUUUUUCCGGCUGUGGACUUUGCGUCUGGUCUCCUUGGUGUCUGUGUUUGAGUGUUCCUCUGCUGCGAGCCAUGGCGUCGCUGUGCUUCCUCGAGAUGCUGGUGACAAGAGGCGAGCUGCGAGUCGAGGGAUUCUGGAACUCCCAACUGGAAGGCCAGUCCUUGGCCAGACACAGAAGCAACGUGAUGUUCUUGUGGCUGGUUUUGAUGAAUGGCUAAAGGGUGAAGGUUUUUCUUUGCAAGAAAUCCUCUUCGUAGCCGAACCUGAUGUUGAGACACUGAAUAUACAGCUGGAACGUUUUGGACGACUGCUGUAUCGCGCAGGAGUCGAGUUUUUUCCUUGGGUCCUUGCCCGCGCAGAAUCUCUGAAGCAGGCGAUGAUUCCCGAGGUUGUGUGGCCAUAUCUGCUACGAGACGAUGCGGUCGCUACGGCACUGAAUGGGUGA